CGAAUUCAGGCUUGAUUCCGUCCAUUGACAACAGUCCGUAUGAAAACUGGGUAGCAGCGGUGUCACAUUUCACCCCUCGCAUUACAUACUCGUUUGUCCCUAAAUGUGUUUUAGUCGUUGUUCAUGUUAUGCGUUUGAUUAAAUCCAGACCAGAAAGCGAUUGGACUCAUUGUCUUGCUAGGUAAGCUAACAGUGGUUAUUUGACUGAGUGUGCCUGUCAAACCGGUCCUACCACGGACCACACCGCAUCUUCAUUGAGAGGAGGACGGACUGGAAACAUGACGAGUUUCGCCACUAAAGUGUUCUGUAGGGUGGAGAGGGUGUGCCAACACCUGCCGGUGGCCCUCAACACCUUCCUGGUCUUCUCCAUUACCGGAGAGGUGAGCUAUCUGGUGCUGGUCGAGGCUCCGCUCGAGCCAGAGCAGAAGAAGACGGUGUGGUCCGCCUGGUGGAAGGUGGUCCACCUGCUGGCCCAGUACUUCAUGCUAGGAAACAUUUGCUGGAACGCACUACUCUUCCUCAAAACCAGUCCCAGCAUCAAGGGGGUGUUCCUGGGAGGAGAGGGCGUAGGUCAAGGGUGGAGGUACUGUUAUACAUGUGAGACACACACUCCACCUCGCUGCUCCCACUGCUAUGACUGUAAAGUGUGUGUGCUGCGGCGCGAUCAUCACUGUGUGUUUUUCGGCCAGUGUGUUGGCUUCCGUAACUACCGCUUCUUCCUGAGCUGCCUGUUGUUUAUGUGGUCUGGACUACUGUAUGCCACGCUGAUGAACGCAGAGGUCUUCAUUGUUAUACUGAAGGAGGGGGUGACUGUGCACAGCAUCCUGCUGCUGCUCAUACCCUGGAUCAUGCUCGUUUCAGGUCAGGUCUCAGCACGCGCCUUUGCCUUUGCCUUCAUUGCUGACACAUGUGUGGUGGGUUUCUUGCUGGUGUCCGCAUUCUUCUUCUUCCAUCUCUUCCUGAUGUUUCGGGGACAGACUACCAGGGAGUGGUACUCGUCCCGCCGACCCUACAGCCUGGGACUCCUGGGCAACCUGCGUCAUACCCUGGGGCUUCGCUGGUACCUCUGCUGGCUCUGCCCACUCAUCCCAUCACCUCUACCUGGAGAUGGGAUAAUCUUCCAGGUCACAGGAUCACUGGAACCCACACGAUAACAGCCAAAAAGUCUGAAUAUUAACACACCUUGUGUCUUUACUUUAGUGGUGAUGAUUAACAUAAUCGGGGAGCAAAAGCAGGGAAGAUCACCUCAGUUCAAGAGGAGAUAGCUUGGGAUGGGAAAGAGUAAUGUGUGGUUGUUCAAAUGUUUGUUGUGUUUGCUGCCUACCAGUAUAUGUAUCCUUUACCUGAGGAUGGAUCUGCUUUGGAACCUACACUGACUUAAAUCUAAAGGUUAUCUGUAAACUCACUGAGGCUGGCCUCAAGUUUCUUUGGAAUACUGAGCACUGAAAAUGUAAGAAAGCAACACUGAAACAAGAAUGUACCUUAUUAAUGUUGAAAAAUGCACAAUUUUGAUUCUGCAUUAACAAGUAUUUGUGAUUAUAGAUGAAGACUCCUGCUAUGAUUGACGACUUAACUGCACUUUUCUUGUACAGUUAAGAUGCCUAAAUAUGAAGGUUAAAAAUUCGGCUCGCACUGUUCCUGAAUAAACUAUAGGAUUAUAAAACACAUCAUACACCUGCUUACUGCUAUGUUAUAGCUGCUGUGAUUGAAACAUGUUAUGUUUUUCCUACUCACAAGCUAAAUUUAUUACACUCAAAUUUGAUCUGGUUUAUGACAAUGAUGAUGCCAUGUUAACAUCUACAGUACCACGUAUAUGUAUACGUAUAUGACAACAAUCAGCAGAAGUUGUACGUGAUGUAAAAUCUAAUGUUGAUAAUUUACAAGUUUACAGGCUAAUGUACUAUGUCCUAUCAAUAUCAUGGGAAGUUUUUUUCACAUCAAACUGUCCAUGUAUCAGUGACAGUUAAAAAAACAAGCCUUCCGUGUAAUAAUGUAACAGAUUCAGAAUUCUACUGUGCCACACUUUAUUACUAUGUGCCUAUUUUUCCUGCGCAUAUACAGUGUUUUACACAUUUAUUAGACCGCCUGUCAUAAAAACGAGAGAAU